UCUCUCUCCAUAUCAUAUGAACAAUGAGCAUAUACAUAUACCUACAAAUCACUCCAUAUUAUCCACCUCCACCGCCGGAUUUUUGGCCACCGCCACUCACCAUUAACCAACCAAACACCCCCACUCCCCCCCCCCCCCCCCAAAAAAAAAAAAAUCUCGCUCAUAUUAUGUUUACCUAUUAGUAUAUCCCACUCUAUGACGUAAAGACCAACAUAGAUCAAUAUUUACAAAUCGGUAGCUUAUUCCCUCAGCUGUGAUGUUUGGGGAAUUUGCGGCGAUGGCGGUCCGGGGGAAGAUGGAACAAAUGUCAGCAACAAAAGGAGUUUCCAUGGCAUUUGCACCUAUUGGAGCUGCUGUUUGCGUUGUCUGCUUCGUCACUCCCUCCUCCCCUGCAACUCGGAUUCUGUCAAAUGGCUGCAAUCAGGUUUACAGUUUUGAAAUCACUCUGUUCUUCGGCCAAACCAUCUUCAAGAGUGCAACUGCGUCAACCAUGUGGCUAUUAUGGUAACAUUGGGAAAUUCAAAGACGAAUGUGAUGUCAGGCCAACCUUUACUUACAUAAACCGCAGUUACCAUGUUAAAGAAUCUGGGUUCACUCAGAGUUAUGUGAAAAGCGGUUUUGGAACGAUGGGUGUGGCUUCUUUUGCUAGAAAUGAUCCAUACAAUAGGGCCAAGUUUUUUUAUAGAUUGUCGCCCAUCUCGUCCAAUUGGCAUGUACUGCAUAAUGUGUCUCCGCUUGCAAUCAGCCCUGUGCUGAAUUGCCGGUUUCAUUCGUCAUUUUCCAGAGGCAAAGGAGAUAAAGCCACUGACGUUCCAGAAGUUCCAGUUGUUUCAAGUGGAGGUGAGCCAACUGUUAGUGAAAGUGGUGUAGGUGGAGAUAAUUGGACUGAUAUAGUUAAGGAUGGUUGGCAGUGUACAGUAGAUGCUAUGGUUUAUACAGGGGAAAGGGCUAAAGAAGCCUCUACUGAAUUGACUCCUUUUGUUCAACAGUUGCUCGAUUCUCAUCCCUACCUUAGGCAUGUUAUUUUACCAGUUGGUUGUACCUUGGCUGCUAUUAUAGUGGCUUGGGCAAUGAUACCAAGGCUUUUAAGGAGAUUUCACAUGUACUCAACACAACAUCCAGCUGCUUUAUUGUCUGGUAUCACCUUAUGGAGGCCAGCUCCAUAUGAGAAAAGCUGCUGGGGUGCUUUGGAGGAUCCAGUGAGAUAUCUAAUUGCCUUUGUGGCGUUUUCACAUAUAAGCACGAUGAUAGCACCAACCACCAUUGCGUUACAGUACAUUGCACCAGCUUGGAGGGGCGCGGUUAUUGUUUCAUUUGUAGGGUUUUUGCAUCGGUGGAAAACAAGCACAUUUGCUCGAGCUUUGGCUGUAAGGAGCAUAGCAGCAAUUGAACGAGAGAAGUUAUUAACCCUCGAAAAAAUCUCAUCCAUUAGUUUAUUUGUUCUGGGAUUGAUGGCUUUAGCCGAGGCAUAUGGCGUUGCUGUGAAAUCUGUUAUGGUGUUUGCUCUUGUAGGAGAAGCAGCUGCUGCUUUUGCUGCUAGGGACAUCCUUUGGAAUAUUUUCAGUGGGCUUUCGGUGCAGAUUUCACAGCCUUUUUCAGUUGGGGAUACAAUAAAAGUUGGGUCUGUAGAAGGUCAAAUUGAAAAAAUGGGACUCAUAACCACAUCAUUACUAAGUGCUGAGGAAUUUCCUAUAAUAGUUCCAAACUCACUGUUAUCUAGUAAGGUGAUUGUCAAUAAAUCAUGCUGGCAUGCCCUGGUCACCAAGAUUCCUGUGCAAACAGAUGACCUCGGUAAGAUUCCCCAGAUAUCAGAGGACAUAAAGAGCAUGCUGAGAUCGAAUUCAAAAGUUUUCAUGGAAAAGAAGCCCCCAUUCUGUUUUUUGUCUCGAAUAGAAAGAUCUUAUGCUGAACUGACUCUCGGAUGCAGUCUCAAAUAUAUGAGCAAGGAUGAGUUUUACUCAACAGAGCAAGACAUUCUUCUGCAAUCAGUCCAGAUAAUCAAGCAGCAUGGUGCUACACUGGGUAGUACCCUGGAAGAGAUAUGAUCGCUGGAUGUAUUACAAGGAAUGCAUAAUUAGAGUUCUUGAUCUACUAGACAGACCUGCUUAAUAAAUUUCCGGACAUGAGUUACACAGUCCUGAAUUUGUGAUUACUGUUUGGAUUUUUCUGGAUUUGAUGAUAUCAUUGUUGGAGUUGCAUAUGCUCUCAAUUAUCCUAUUCGUUAUUGCUUUUAUCUGAUUACAACUAUCUCUGUUGAGCUUUUUA